GAUCGCGAGCCGAGAGCACUUCGUUUCUUAUCAUACUAAAGGCUGACGCAAACAAGCAUAUAUACUAUAGAGGUUAAGACAGUUGCUAUCGGUCCACGCUGCAUUCUCAUUUGAAAGCUAUAGCAAAGAAAGACGUUUGGACCGAAAAGCGAAAUCGCAUACUGCCGCGGCCUUACCUGACUGAUAUCCUACUGAAACAUGUCGGAGGUAGAGCUGGCCAAUGGAGCCCCGGCGGAGGAGGCCGCUGGCGAGGUGCAGGAGGAGCAGGAGGAGGAGCUGGACGAGGAGGCCACCGCCCUGCUGCAGGAGCUGGAGGACUCGCAGGCGGAGGUGCAGCGCAUGCUUGCAGACCAACGAGCACAAGCAACUGAGCUGGGGGGCAUGAAGGAUAGCCUAGCCAGCGAGCUGCAGCAGCUCCAAGAUGAUGCCUGGAAGCUGCAGGUGUUUGCUGAGCUUGAGAUGCUGAAGCGCCAGCUGGCAGCCAUCAACAGCCUGGACGCCGACCUGGAUGCCAUGGAGGCCAAGCUGGAGGACGGCGGCGAGGACGCUGUAGACGACGACUUCGAGAAGGAGCUGGCAGCGGCGCGUGUGGGCACGCGAGACCUGUUGUCCCGCCUGGCCGGCGGCGCUGGCGGUGACGCUGACGCGGUGGCCGCUGUCACCACCAGCACGCCGGCAGCCAGUGGUGCCACUGGUGAGGGCGAGGCCGCUGCCUCCGGUGAUGACGUGGAGGCGCUGCAGGACGAGCUCGAUGCCGAGCUGGCGGCCAUGUACAAGCAGCUGCAAGCCAUCAAGACCGAGUCGGCCAUGGUGUCCGCCCGCAAGGCGCAGCUUGAGCUGGAGCUGAUGCAGCUCAUCCGCGAGGGCGCGGACGACCUCACGGAGCAGCUCCAGGGCAUGGCAGUGGAGGAGGGCGAGGGUGAGGGCGAGGGCACGGCUGCAGGCGCAGGCAUUGUGGAGGGCGCGGUGACAGCGGCCCAGCAGAGCGUGGCAGAGGCGGCGUCUACGUGAGCUGGUGACUGGCAGCGGUCACGGUGCACGACAGGGGAUGUAGGAUGGUCGGCAAUGCCAGUGGCCUGGUGUGCCGGUGGCCUUUGUGCGACUGCCUGUAUGGCUAGCUUUGUGAGGGUGAAACGCCGCAGAUGGACUGGCUACAGGGGUAAUCCCUAAAUGCACGACACAAGCGAGGGCAGAAGGGCGCAACAAGCUGAGUACUCGGUACAUGCGACACCAGAACUGGUGGAACCUGCUUGCUUAGGUAUCGCUGUGUGUGACUGAUUGUGAUCGUGUGAGAGACAAGAUACACGCGUACUACUGCAUGUAUGAUGAUUGGGAAUUCCCGGUUUUCGGGGGGAAGCACGUGGGGGUUGAGAUACGGCAGGUGCCAGGGGAGGGGGUCGGUGCAGGAGGUUGAAGACGCCUUCCGUCGGGCCGUCGUGGCCGUUAUGAGCGACCGGUGCACCCCUUCACGUUUCUGACCUAAUUCUGGAUUUGUUUGUAUGGUGCAUGUGACCUGACACACAUCAUCUGUUGCAUGCGCGCUACUCGGAAGCCUUGACCUGUGCCUCUGGGUGCAAGGGCACAUGGAGUGUUCAGCUGGCACUACGUGAGGUUACGGACGACGUCUUUCUCUCCUGGCAACGCAGACCCAGCCUCUGCUGCAGACUGCUUGGACGCAGCCUUGCAGCACAACUUCCCUCGUAACCGGAAAGAACGAUAAUCGUCAACAAGUUUUCGC